AUGCAUCGGUCAUUUUCAACGAGCGUGCGCAUCGCCGCCAAAAAGAAGCCAUCAGGCCGAACCGCGACGACUCGAUACCAGUACCAGUACCAGGGCCACACCCAUACUAUCACAUAUGAGCCCGCUGAGCCUGCACCGCCCCCCAGCAUGCCUACGACGAACUGGGACGACCCUGUCUUCCACGCUCCAAGUCGCAAGCCUAUCAGGACCAUGUACAGUGUGCCGCUCGGGUCAAAUGCGCCUAUCUCUGAGCUUAGGCCGCCCGUGAUGACCCAAAAGCAAGCUAGGCGCUCUCUCAUGCGCUUCCCUACGCAUCCUACACGUGUCGGUAUACCGCCUGUGCCGGGUUUGCAGGUCGUGCCGCCCAUCGCUAUUCCUCGUGGCACGAACAUCGCUUCGGAGACGCAGGCAAGGAAUGCGGUCUUGCUGCUGCGGGAUGCUCAAAUCAGGGCCGGCCACUAUGAACCGUACCAGGCGGGCGCGACACUCGCCACGCCCGUUGCUGCUAACAAGCCCGAAUCGAGUGCCGUGCUCACAGCCGACCAGGCCCUUUCGCUGAAUAACACGAUGCAUCCCACAGGUCGUCGCUAUGUGAUGGAGCGGAUCGGCGCACAGCUUCAUACCAAGGUCUAG